UGUGGGUUACAUUCUACGCGGUCACACCGCCUCUAACUUUUAGGCCUAACUUAGACUAGAGUCUAGUUGUCCUUUCUUUUUAGAACCGCGGAAGAAGGAAACGUUUGAAGAAUCUGCGACUGGGCUGUGUUAUCAAACCUGAUACUAUUGUUUCACUUUUGGAAAUUGUUGCCGUGAGAAAUACAAAGAAUGCGUAACUUUGGUGGAAGACUCGUUAACGACUUUGUAAGAUGGGCGGUGUUGGCAGCAUGGGCUAUUGUGAACCUGAUUAUAUGGCUGGUGACAUUCUUCAAGUACAUGGAUAAUGCAAAUUAUAUCUACACUAAAUACCUCAUGAAAAAUGGUCUUCCCGUUGCCAGAGCCAGUGCUGCAUGUCUCAACUUCAACAGCAUGCUGAUCUUGUUUCCAGUCUGCAGGAAUAUGAUCUCUUAUCUCAGAGGAUCAUGCGAAUCCACAAAGUUUAGCAGACGCAACCUACGACGACAGCUGGACAAGAACAUCACCUUUCACAAGCUGAUAGCAUACGCAAUAGGAUUCUUUGUCAUCCUCCAUGUGGGGGCGCACUGCUUCAACUUACAGAACCUUUACAAUGGAAGGAAGGCAACGAGUGAAGAUGACUGGCUGGCUAACAGACUAAGCCAACCAUCCUUUGAUCUUAACCCCUUCAAGACUAUCCGUUCGAGUGAUGUUAGUGGACUAGGAGUAAUAGGACCAGGUCUAUCUCUGCUAGCAGGUUGGACUGGAGCAGUACUGGCUUUGACUUAUAUUCUCAUGUUCACCUCUGCUACAGAAUUCAUAAGGAGAUAUUAUUUUGAGACUUUCUGGCUAACUCAUCACCUGUUUGUGAUUUACUAUGCAAUGCUGAUGACGCAUGGCAUGGGUGGAGUUGUGAAGUACCAGACCAACGUUGAUGAGCAUGAUCCUGUAGAAUGCAUGGUAGAUGAAGAGACCUUUGAUCAAUGUGUGAUUGAUAACCCACCACUGUUUGCUGGUACACCGGGAGCUAGUUGGAAGUGGUGUGUGACACCCCUCUGUGUGUACUUCCUGGAGAGAAUCCUCAGGAUGAUCAGAACAUGGCCAGAUGUCACCAUUGUUCAGGUUGUCCAGCACCAAUCUAAGGUGAUAGAGUUGCGGAUGAAGAAGCAAGGAUUUAAGAUGCUUCCAGGCCAGUAUAUCUUCCUCAAAUGCUCUCCCAUCUCCAAGGUCCAGUGGCAUCCUUUCACGUUGACAUCGGCCCCUGAAGAGGAUUAUUUCUCACUGCAUAUCAGAAGAGUAGGAGACUGGACAGAUGAGCUAGCGGUCAAGAUGGGAGCUGACCAAGCAGAACCACUGUCCAUCACACAACUACCAAGAGUUCAAGUUGAUGGACCUUUUGGUACGUCUUGUACUGAUAUCUUUGACUAUGAUGUAGUGAUGUGUGUUAGUGCUGGCAUCGGUGUGACUCCAUAUGCCUCUACACUCAAGUCAAUAUGCCACCGAUUACAGGCCGGUGAUGAGACGCUUCACUUGAAGAGGAUGUACUUCUACUGGAUCUGCCGUGAUACCCAUGCCUUUGAAUGGUUUGUUGAACUACUCUCAUCCUUGGAACUCAUCUUGAGACAGAUCGAUAAAGAACAUCUUCUCUCUUACUCCAUCUAUCUGACAAGAGGAUGGGAUUAUACGCAGGCGAAGAAUAUCUUCAUGCAAGAGGACCGAGAGAUAGAUGCAGUGACUGGACUGAGACAGAAGACUCAUUAUGGAAGACCUAAAUGGGAUUCUAACUUUUCAUACAUUGCUGAAAAGAACCAAGGUGCUACUAUCGGAGUGUUUUUCUGUGGUCCUAAGAGUCUUUCCACCAUCCUUCAUCAGAGCUGUAACAAGCACACCUCCGAUGAGUCUGAUGGCACUCGCUUUGUUUACUACAAGGAAAACUUCUAAGUGCAAGAAAUAAAGAUGCAAUGGUCAUUUAUUUUUUUAUUUUUAUAAUUUUAUAGAUAUCUACUUCCUGAUUUGUGUUUAUCUCUUUGUGUUAUCUAGCAUUUCUCUUAUGGUUUAUGUGAAAGUCCAUAGAAGAAAAAUCUUUUGAAGGUUACAACAUUUUUAUGAAAGCUAACAAUCUAUUGGUACUAUUAGAUCAUUUUGACAAUUUUCCUGAAGAAAAAAAAGGUGUUUUGAGCAUUUUGAAUGAAGGCCAGAAUAACAUAAUUUAUUUUGAAUAAUUUUGUCAACCUUAAAUUCUAGUACCGGUAGAAAUCAUGGAUAUGCUUUUUUGUCUUUGUUUUGCAAUAUAUGAGUUUUAUUGUAAAUUGUUGUUUUUCUGUGUAAGUUGUGCUUAGCCUUCAAGAUUUAUGAAUCUUGUAUUAUUAUUUUGUCAUAAAAGGUUAUUUGCUGCCUUUUUACAUUCCAUGUGUAGGAUUAUUUAAUUUUCCUAGCUUGUAUCAUGUUCUUUCAUUCAUUAUGAAAAAAAAA